UGCCGGGGGCGCCGCUCGCUAUAAAUAGCCCGGCCCACGCUCCGGGAGCGGCGGUACCGAAAUAGCACCGAGCCGGGACCGGGAGCCGGGAGGGAGCACCCGGUGGGGCGGGAGUCGGCGCUGAGCCUCCGCCCGCACCGGGCUGGGGAGAGGACCUGAGUCCGCAGUCCCGGACGGGAGGUCCCGGUGGGGCUGGGCUGGGCUGGGCUGAGCUGAACCGGGCCGGGACGCGACGCGGUCCCGGGGCCGAGCCCCCCGCCGCCCCUCCUGGGGCCGAGCCGUCGCGGGUCGGGCCAGUCCCCGGGGUCGAGCCACCCGGUGCCCGGGGCGGCGGGGCCGGGGCCGCCGUGCCCGUGCCCGUAUCCGUGCCGUACCGUGCCGUGCCCGCCCCCGGGCGCGCCCGCCUCGGCGGCGCGGGAGGAGGCGGCGCGGAGCAGCGGCGGCGCCCGGGCGGGGAUGGCGUCUCCGGGAGCGCUGGAGCCGGCGGCCGGCAGCGUGCCGGGCACCAAGGUGGAGCUCACCGUGUCCUGCCGGAACCUGCUGGACAUGGACACCUUCUCCAAGUCUGACCCAGUGGUGGUCCUCUUCGUACAGGGCUCGGGGAGCAGUGAGUGGAAGGAGUUUGGGCGCACCGAGGUGAUCGACAACACCCUGAAUCCCGACUUCGUCCGCAAGUUUGUCCUCGACUACUACUUCGAGGAGAAGCAAAACCUCCGCUUCGACGUCUACAACGUGGACUCCAAGAGCUGCUCCGUUUUAAAGCAGAAGGACUUCCUGGGGCAGGCGUUCGUGGCGCUGGGGGAGGUGAUCGGGUCCCAGCGGGGCCGCCUGGAGAGAGCCCUCACGGGUGUCCCAGGGAAGCGGUGUGGGACCAUCCUGCUGCUGGCCGAGGAGCUGAGCAACUGCCGGGACAUCGUCACGAUGCAGCUUUGUGCCAACAAGCUGGACAAGAAGGACUUCUUUGGAAAAUCCGACCCCUUCCUCGUCUUCUACCGCAGCAACGAGGAUGGCACCUUCACCAUCUGCCAUAAGACGGAGGUGGUGAAGAACACGCUCAACCCGGUGUGGCAGCCCUUCACCAUCCCCGUGCGUGCCCUCUGCAACGGCGACUAUGACCGGACGGUGAAGAUAGACGUGUACGACUGGGACCGCGACGGGAGCCACGACUUCAUCGGGGAGUUUGCCACCAGCUACCGGGAGCUCUCCCGAGCGCAGAGCCAGUUCACGGUGUAUGAGGUGCUGAACCCCAGGAAGAAAUGCAAGAAGAAGAAAUACGUGAACUCCGGCACCGUGACUCUGCUCUCCUUUUCCGUCGAGUCUGAGUUCACCUUCGUUGACUACAUCCGGGGCGGGACGCAGCUGAAUUUCACCGUCGCCAUCGAUUUCACGGCCUCCAACGGGAUGCCGUCGCAGCCCACCUCGCUGCACUACGCGAGCCCCUACCAGCUGAGCGCCUACGCCCUGGCGCUGAAGGCGGUGGGGGAGAUCAUCCAGGACUACGACAGUGACAAGCUCUUCCCUGCCUACGGCUUCGGCGCCAAACUCCCACCCGACGGCAAGAUCUCCCACCAGUUCCCCCUGAACAACAAUGUGGACAAUCCCAGCUGCGCCGGCAUCGAGGGCGUGCUGGAGUCCUACCUCCAGAGCCUGCGCACCGUCCAGCUCUACGGUCCCACCAACUUCGCCCCCGUCAUCAACCAGGUGGCUGGGGCGGCCGCCCAGGUGACCGACGGCUCGCAGUACCACGUCCUCCUCAUCAUCACCGAUGGCGUCAUCUCUGACAUGCUGCAGACCAAGGAAGCCAUCGUCACCGCUUCCGCCUUGCCCAUGUCCAUCAUCAUCGUGGGAGUGGGUCCUGCUGAGUUUGAGGCCAUGGAGGAGCUGGAUGGUGAUGAGGUACGGGUGUCGUCCCGGGGACGCUACGCCGAGAGGGACAUCGUACAGUUUGUGCCGUUUCGGGAUUACGUGGACGACUCAGGAAACCAGGUGCUGAGCAUGGCCCGCCUGGCCAAGGACGUGCUGGCCGAGAUCCCCGAGCAGCUGCUCUCCUACAUGAAGACCCGCGACAUCAAGCCUCGCCGGGCGGACCCCCAGUAGCUCCUCCAUGGGCCGCGGGGACCGGCCGGUGGGGCGAGGACACGCGUCACCUUUCUUCUGCUGGCGGCCAGGGCUUAGCCACGGAGAGGUGGCCCUCGCAAGGGCGAUAAUCAGCUGCUACGGCUGGUGAACGGGGUUGAGACCCUCCUCUUCUAGCGCAGGGCUGGACGUCCCCAGCCGCCCCCUCCUCCUGCCCGUCCGGCAGCAAUUGCCCCGGCACAGCCGGGCUGGCUCGGACUGUACCGUCCCUCAGCCGCGGCAGCGCGGGCAAGGCCGGUGCCUGGGUACAGGCUGUUGGGGGGCCACGGUGCGUGCGUCCCCCGCCCCGGGAGAGCAGCCUGGCUCCCUUCCCCGGGGAGAAGGCUGACCCUGGGGCUGGGUGCAUGCCGGGGGUCCCAGCCCCCCGCCAGCUCCUUGGGGCAGGGGCCCCCCCCCCCCCCCGCUCCUGCCUGCACCCCAUUAUUCCUGCCUGCGCCCCAUUUUUUCUGCCUGCACCCUGCCGCUCAGCCGAGCGCCAGCACCCCGGUCCUCCGGCUCUGGUGCCCCGGCCCCGGCCCGCCCGCCCGUCCCACGGCCGGGGGGGGGGGUGCCGGAGGGCUCAGCCCCACAGCUAUGGGGUGCUGCAGGGCCUGGCCCCGCAGCCGGGGUGGGGUGGGGGGGGGGUGUGCGGGAGGGCAGGCGGGGUCUGUACCGCAUUACCGACUGUAAAUAAACCGCUC